UGCGGAAAUGACAUCAUUCUAGUCGCUGCCACUAGCUGCGGUAGCUAAUGUUUAUGUAGCAGCUUAUGCGCGAACUGCUCCUACUUUCUCGUCGUGCAUUAGAUAUUUGUUCGAUAAUAGCAGGCUGACAAAGCAGAAGCGUUUUUUGUGACAUUUUAAUGUAUGUGCUAAACACACGUUUCACGUUGCUUCCUGAUGUGAGUUAGCAGAGAAGCUACAAACAUUAACUUCUGCGACAUGUAAAACCAAAAGACUCUCCGACCAAGCGAAACAGUUAUAUAUCACUGCGACUGUGUUUCAUUUUAGCUGAGGUGCGUCUGCGGCUUGGCGGUACCAGUGGACCCGACCUUCGCUGGUUAACUGUAUCCACGUUAUGGUUCAUCUUGUUUAAUGGGUCUGUUAAGGAUGAUGAUGCCGCCGAAGUUCCAACUACUGGCAGUCAUGGCUUUUGGUGUUGCCAUGAUACUUAUCGAGAACCAGAUCCAAAAGUUGGAGGAAUCUAGAGCCAAACUUGGCUCUCUAACCAUCCGAAACAAAUGGCUAACUUCAACCAGGGCCUAAACCAAACUUGCGCCCAAUUAUAAUGACCCAGUUAUUUUGACGUUUACUCUAACCCCUGAUGUCGAGGAAGAAGGAAGCGGGAACUUUUACCAGCCAUAUACUGGAACCAUACUCAGACUGAUAAGACAAUAAGUGGAGUAAGAAUGUGCAACGCAAACGGACCAUAGCCAGACACGAGUUGGCAGAAGUAGAACAGCGUCACUACGAAGAAGUGGGUCAGGAAAUGGCCGCACUGUCUGAAAAUGACGACAUGGUCAUCAUUUACAACAGAGUGCCCAAGACGGCAAGCACAUCUUUUACUAACAUCGCCUACGACCUCUGCGGGAAGAAUCGAUUCCAUGUCCUGCACAUCAACACAACCAAAAAUAACCCUGUCAUGUCCUUACAAGACCAGGUACGCUUUGUGAGGAACGUCACCUCCUGGACAGCCAUGAAACCCGGGUUCUAUCACGGUCAUGUGGCUUAUCUAGACUUUGCCAAGUAUGGGGUCAAAGGUAAACCAAUGUACAUAAACGUGGUUCGAGAUCCCAUUGAGCGGCUCGUAUCUUACUACUACUUCUUACGAUUCGGAGAUGACUACAGGCCUGGGCUGCGAAGAAGAAAACAAGGAGACAAAAAGACCUUUGAUGAGUGCGUGUCGUCAGGUGGCUCUGACUGCGCUCCGGAGAAGCUCUGGCUGCAGAUCCCCUUCUUCUGCGGACACCACUCCGAGUGCUGGAACGUGGGCAGCCGUUGGGCACUGGAGCAGGCCAAGUACAACUUGGUGAACGAGUACCUGCUUGUGGGAGUGACGGAGGAGCUGGAGGACUUCAUCAUGAUCCUGGAGGCAGCACUUCCACGAUUCUUCAAGGGCGCCUCUGAGCUCUACAAGACAGGGAAGAAGUCUCAUCUGAGAAAGACCACCGAGAAAAAGCCCCCCACUAAGGAGACCAUCGCUAAGCUGCAACAGUCCAGUAUCUGGAAAAUUGAGAAUGAAUUUUACGAGUUUGCGCUGGAACAAUUCCAAUUUGUGCGAACCCAUGCUGUCCGGGAGAAGGACGGGGAGCUUUACGUGCUGGCUCAGAGCUUCUUCUACGAGAAGAUCUAUCCCAAAGUGAACUGACGAAACAGGAAGCAGGUCAGUCAAACCACAGCAGGGGCAACAGGGAGGUGUGUGUUAAUUCUUAAGUAAUGCUGGAUUCGUCGUCGUCAUUCAUGGAUCUCAUUGUAAACACCAUGAUGCUGCACCACACUUUGGGACUGUGUGGCUGUUUUCUACAGGGAAUGUCUACUUUUUUAUUCCAGGAGCAGCUGUGGAGAAAACUUGAGUACACUUGAAACUGUCAGGAGGAUCAGCUGUGAUUGUAACACAGUCAAAAAUGCGCGUCCUGUCAAAUCCCUGUUGUUUGUUGAUGGGGAUUGAAGAGUAUUCUGAAUUUUAUCACCUACUUUAGAGUUUGGUGUGUAUAUCCGUGGCCACUUUGUUUUGGGAAACUUUCUACAGCUUGCGACUCCAUCAGUUCUUGAGAUCACACUAUGGGUGAUCUUGUUCUCAUGAACUCUCAGUGACUUUCUUUGUCGCAGAAUAUAAAACGUUUCUUUAGGUUGGCACAGAACUUCAUCUGAAAAUGCUCAUCAAUAAUCGCCUUUGUGUUCUUCUCAUAUGCAUCUGGCACAACAGGUCAUCCAUGUUCUACUCUUAUUAACUCUAACUGUUGUUACACAAAGCUGCAACAAGCGCUCGCACAGACAUCUAUUGUAUCUACACCGAAUUUACAUUUGAAGUUGAGUUUUAAAAUCCUGAUGACAAGGUGGCCAUGUUUCCAAAGUGUAAGAGUCGUUGGUUGAAUGUGGUUUGCCUCACGCAGGAGGCUCUCAGAUUUUUUUUAUUUUCCUAGUAACACUAAUACCAUGUGGUAAAUGCAGAUGUUUUUGCCUCAGAGAACGGUUGACUUUCAAUGUAACAAAAAUGCAUAUGCACAGUUAAACCUGUUAACAGCGAGAGAAUGAUUUUACAAAUAACCCCACACUGAAUUGAGCCUGAUAAAUACUUGUGAAAUUUGUGAUCUCUCUGCAUCAACAUUCAGAUUCAGAACCGGUACUUUUUAUACUUGCUCUCCUUCUCUGCUCAUUUCAUCUUUUCGUCUCUUAAAAACACUGGUCUGUGUUUUAGACUUGUGCUUGAGUACAUUAACAUGAUUUAACGUUGAGUUUGGGACCAAGACGGACAAAGGAUGUCCCACAAAUUCUACUGAGCAGUGUUAUCCCGGAGUCCUUUGUUUAUAAAGAAUAAUAUCUUGUAACAAUUUAUGAAUUCAAAAUAAAAGUUGGAGAGCAGGGUAGACUGGAAGAAAAUGACACAGUGCCUUUAUUUUGAUGCUUUUCAUUGACAGAGUGUCUCACACGUCUGUGGCACGGUGUGAUGCGGAUCUCCAUGUUCAAUACACACUAAAAUAAACCGUCUCUUUUAACUGAAAUCCCUCCAGUGAAUUUUUGCUUCGCCCUGGGUUUGUUUGUGGUGCAGUGUGCAGUAUAGGCAUCCUGAUCUUUUAGAAGAUGGUGAUACUAACAGAGAUGGAAACAAUCGAGUGAGCCACAAAUGUGUGUUUUAAAAAUGGCGUCCUGAGUGGGUCCUGAAAUGGAUCUCCUGGUAUCCAGUGAAAUGAAGCGCACACACAAGUCACAAGUGAUCCAGAAGUUUUUGCAUUGUUCUGUCUGUGUCAUCGCCUGCUGGUGUUCGAAUGAAACCCUUGACUUGCUUACUUUUAAGUCAUAUUGCACUUCUGUAGGUGCUGCAAGCUCAUGAUUACACAUAUAUACUAAUAUUCCUCACGUGUGUUUUUAAGUUGAGUUUUAUUUUGCCGUUAAAUUCCAAGUUUUAGCGGGUUGUUGCUUAGGUUUACUCACCCUUUAAGGGUUUGAAACCAUUGGAAAUCCUUCAGACUCACACUUGCAGAUCUUACCCAUCUGCAUCUCACUCAACAGGGUAUACAUAACCUGAAAGCGUGAAAUGACAGCCGGGCAUGUGAGGAUCGGCUGAAGUCAGCGCUAGCCAUCUUUGACGGGAGAGUAGCUGGACGGGAAAUGUCUGCAGGGAGUGAGUGCUCACACGCUCCACUGGCCCACAGCCUGUUCAUGUGUCCACACACACACACAGAGAGAGAGAGAGAGAGAGAGAUAGAGAGAGGGAGAGAGAGAGCGGCACAAAGGCCCCACCAACCCAUAUUUGAUGCUUUGUGGCCGUGGACACAAGGAGAGCCUGCCCGUCUCAGAAAAUAGAACUCAAUUAACAGUUUUGCUGCGGGCGUAUUGGAACAUUGUUUCAUUAAUGAGAUGAAUACAGUCUGAUAAUUACUUCAUCUCAAUUAGAAAUAAGGCCACACUCGAUAUUGAUUGUGGCUGAUGAGCUUGAAGGUUAAUUAGAAACACAAUACUUCAAAGGUUUUUGUUGUCGGGCUGUUUUGGAACCUUUAAAAGUUUCAAAAGACAAUACGUGUGAUUUGACUUUCCAAACAAAAAGCCUGCUGUUCUUCGCCAACCUUGACUUGAUCCGACAGCUGAGGCAGCUCUGCUCUUGGCCGUGCUGUUCUGACGGCAGCCGCCAGAGGGCGCAGUCGUCUCGCUAAACUCCCCAGAGCAGCGUGGGCCGAGGCGGCCUGAAGCGGUUCACCAGUCCCCGCUCAUGCACCUGUGCAGAGCCAAAUGGAACAAACUAAUAGCGCAUUACCAUUAACAAUACAAAUGACACCAUUACGCGGCUCUCAGGACUUGGACGGCUAUAAAUAGUUCCGCUUGGUCUUGGGCAAUUUGUGCUGCACUUGCAUAAUGACUGCCCUCCAAUUCAUUCAGGUUGUGUGAAUAGAGCGCCCACAUGGCUGCGUGUGGAGAGCCGUGGCCGGCCUGUAAUGAUCUUCCUAUGGCAACGCCAUCACCGGUGCCACCAUGGCCAUCCCAGCCCCAGUGUUGGGUCCUGUUACUUCUGAAGCACUGCACAGCGUAAUGACCUCCGAUUACGUCAACGUGAGCAGAAAUGAAGCUGGGUUUCUUUCACUUGCUUUCUCAGUAGAUCACUGGAGACCCAGCGCAGAAUUUGCAGUGACCUGAAGUGGCUUGGCUACUGCCCCAUUAAGCAAACAGAGCAGAGCAAAGGCAGCUUGACCGCCCCUUGCUGAGCUGUGGACUGCACCUUCAAGCAUUUGGCUGAAGGGGAGCGUUGUGUUUGCUAGGUAUAGUAGUGCUCUGGAAGGUAAUGAGAAGCUUUUUAUUUUUUUCAAUGCAUUAGGUUUCACUCGUGAGGCUGUUUCCUAGCAAUUUGCAUUGUGGAUUUGUUCAUAAAGUUAUGUUUUCCAUUCAAUUUAUAUAUUUUUGCAACAAAGACAGGUUCACUUAUGGUAUUCAAAUAUAGCAAGAUAUUUACUACACAGGUUUUUUUUGUGUCACCCCCCAAAAAUUCCACUCCCUCUUAGUAUCAUUAGACUUUUUAACAAGUUUUCUGUUCAGUAAAUGUCUUACACAUCUGUAUAGUGGGCUCUUGCUUUCCUCUGUUUUGAGUUACAGUGGCACUUGGGUUUUUGUACGUCCCGGAAUUCGGAGUUCGAAUAAGAAUUAAGAGAUUUUUUUGCUUGAUUUCGAACGAAAAUCCAGAACUCGAACGCCCCCGAAAAAAGCUGGAAAAAACUUAACAUGCGCAAACCGAUCAGCUGACCCACAAUGCGCCUUGUUAUUGUGUAUAACGCAGCCUCUGUAUGCAGACGUGUCCCGUUAGCUACAUUUACUGACUGUUUUUUCUUCAUAUUGAGGUGUAAAACCUUUCCUGUCUCCGCACUGGACCCAGUGUCACAGGGGAGGUACUCGCUCUCCACACCUCCGAGGUUGGAGCGCUCACUCCAGGGUUUGAUGUCCUGUUGUCGGCUGGAGCUGGGACAGGGAUGAGGCGAGUCUGGGACAGAGCGUUACUUGGUUUAUGACUUUGUCACAGCCAAACUGCACAGAAGCGCACAUUCAGAGCUGGACACACACCGGGCACCUCUUCACUUCUGGAGAGACGUCACUCACUCGGCAACCCCUCCCACAUGCAGCGGCCACACACAUAGAGGAACAGCGCACCUGCAGCAGACACUCUACAUUCACUCCUACAAAAGACUAUUUUAAGGCUUGGAACGCAUUGUUUCUUUUUCCAUUCAUUGUAAUGGGAAAAUUCGAUUCAGAUUUCAAACAAAUCGCUUCUCGAACGGCCGUCUGGAACGGAUUGUGGUCGAGAACCGAGGUACCACUGUAUUUCCAGGCACCACAAUCUGAGAUGAGACCAGUGGUCACAUCAAGGACCAGCAGGAGAUAAAUUGAUUUCAGCAUAGGCUUUGAAACCUGGUGAGAAUUCAGUCAAAAUUGAAGCGAUUAAAUGAAGAGCCUUCUGGAGGUUUGUUACAAAACCUUGACCGGUCUGCAUUGUAUCUGCAGUCGAAGACAUUGUGUCGUGAGAAUCUGCAGCCUUCAGUCUGGCACAAAGUAAAUUGAAAAAUCUUUGGGUUUGUACUUGUGAACACAGUUAUUUUCCAAGUGAAAGAUAGUUAUCAGAACCUCAGGAUGGCUGUGAUGCCUGAUCAAAAACCCAGUGUUUGGGAGUCUUGCUCAGUUGUUGAUUUAAAACAGGACAAAACUAUCUAUCCAUCUUAUUUAUAUAUUACAUCAUGUAUGAUAAAUGUGUUAUGUGUGUAACACAUUUUGAAACCUAACGCUCGUCGAGUUUCUACCUCUAGGUGGUGCUAAAACAAAAGGCAUUCUCAGUCCACGAGCCUAUUAACGCGAGUCAAUUUUUGUAUUUCGUGUGAAUCGUUGAAGAUGUUCAAAACUCGAGGAUGGAAAUGUCUCCCUUUUGCUCAUCAGUCUAUUGACAGACUUCAAGACAAUUUUGCUGCAGUGAUGGACCCAUGUUACACCAUGAAGCAACACCAGGCAGGUUAAUUGUGUAUCCAGCAAGACAGUAGCGGACGGAAAAGUGUGGAUAUUUGACAGCCUUUCUGGACAUCAUUUUCAUGUCCCAGUCAGUGAUGUAAUAUCAGGGACGCUGCUACAGCGGAGAGCCUGACCCUGCACAGGAAACUCUGUGCUGCUCUUCAUUAGAUUGCUGUAUUGUAGUUUGACCUUGGUGGAAGACACUCUACACUACUCACACCACUGUCUCCCUCCCUCGCCGUCUUUUCUCUCGUUGUGCUCGCUCGCAGAGAGCACAUAUUGAGAGCAUGGGCAUUUUCUCCUGGAGGGUAGGAGAGAAAUGCAAUCAGCAAUUCAAUCGUGGCCAUUGUGUAGCAGUGCUGAUGAGCUUUGCAGAGUAGAUAAUGGAUUAAAUUAUUUAUCCGCUCCCCCCGCCCCGUCCUCCCUCGCCGCUCAUUGUUGGCUCCUCUUUGUGUGCGACAGCGCCACACAGACGUAGGUUGAAGGCCUUGAUCACUCGCUGCCUUUCAUAGAUCUAAUUUUUCUAAUUAGCGCCUGAAUGCAGAAUGGUCGCUCCCCGUCUCCUCCGCGCCGUUCAUUGUCAGAUACAUUCCAUGAGGUGAACAUGUCAACCUAUCAGCGUUCCUUUCAAUGAUAGAAAACACCAACCGAGGCGCGCUAAGUGAGAGACCGAGCGAUCUUAAUGAUCGUCUCAUGGUGAGGAGUUUGUACUAAUGAAUAUCACCAGAGUGAGGAUGAAGUGCUGAGGAUCACUGCCGCCACCUCCUAGUGUCAGGGCUGCAUCAACAGGUCUCCAUUAGUCACCAGCCAUCACUAUGUCGUCUUAAACCUUCAGUGCUUUCUGGGAUUGUGUCACUAUAUUCUGUGACAUUAUUUCCCUUUGGACAGGAGGGACCAGGCAGCACGUUUCAAAUUGUCGCUAACAGUAACUGAUGUUAGCUAACAGAAAACGUAAGGACCUUUGUUUUCCACAAUCCCAGGGUGAGCUUCAAGGUGCAGACCUGUGACUGCAGCACUUCUCCACCUUGCCUUAAUGUUGGCCUUUCACUCGAUCAUUCAUCUGCCACUUAUAUAUGGUGUUGCAGGGUGCUCAAAGUCUGUCCUAGCUAUUUGAGAUAGUGUGGGUCUAAGGCAGACCUGGGCAAAGUGUGGCCCGGGGGCCAUAUGCGACCCUUUGCCUGCAUUUUUGUGGCCCUUUUGACAUCAGACAAAAACUAUACCACUAUAACUGAUUUUUCUGCCUUUUUUUGUUAUUUCUUUUUUUAGUCGCCACCACCACUUCAGAAUUAAAUGUAGCAUAUUUUUGUUUUAAGCCAAAAUGUUCUUCUUUUCAUUAGCCAUUUUUGAGUUUUUCUUGUUCCUCGAAAUACAUUGAAGGAAUAUUGAAAAUAUAUUUUGAAAUAAAUUGCCUUUUUAUUUGGAACGACUAGUCCAUAAUUAUGUUGAUUUAUAUUAAUAUUAAAUGCAGAUGAAAUGAAAUAUUUCAAUAGGUUUAUGCUUACACUUCUUUAUAUCUUUACUCACAUUUAGGUUCAUUUUGUCCUUGUUACUUAAGUAUGUAUUUUGUAUUUUUAUUUUUCCAUCGUGUUCUGUAGUCAUCGCUGACUUUCUUUUGAUGAUGAUCCCUCACAACAGUUACAGUUUCUAAUGUGGUCCUUUAGGGAAUUUUAUUGCCCACUUCUGGUCUAAGGGGUCUGCAUGUGCCCUUUGAUGGACAGUUUGCUGGUCCAUUUGUUGGAUGAAACCGGGUUUUGACUCGUAUGUAACAGUAUAUACCAUUGGCGUUAGUCGCUGCUUACGUGUCUAUGUGCGAGUCUUGAAACAAAAUGGCUGAUGGCACAGCGUGUUGCAUGAUCCGUCCCUGCUCCCCGGAACAACCCUUUCUCACUCCCUUAGUCUUAUAUGUCGAUGUCUGCAAGUAAGGAUUAUGUGUCCUAUGCUAACGCCAAACAACCUUUUAUUUUCCAUGUUGACGCAUAGGUGUUUCAAUGGAGGGAAACAUUUUUUUCUUCACUGUAUAACAUUCCAAGUGGCGGGGGGAUUGGAAGCUUUCUACACUACAUAGACAUCAGCAUGGCUGAAUAUGUGCUUCAAUUGAAAGCCUAAUGCAUCUGUCCGACACUAAAGGCUGCCUUCUACGUCACCAUUGGACAGAAAAGUCCAGUUGAACAGUCCACUAAAAGACAUAGACAUGGAUUUGUCGAAAGCACACAACCGGGGCAAAAUGGCGCAUAGCUUACCUAACCCCAACCUACGUCUGUUUUUCACGUGUUGCGGUGCCAAUGCAUCAACAUGCAGUGCUGAAGGUUGCCUUUUUCAUCAGUAUAGGACGCAAAAGGCGACGUUCCCAAUGUCAAUGUAUUACGCCAUGGGACUGAGGAUGUGUUGGAUUUUCAUCCUCCUUUCAAAAUAGUUCAUCAACAGUUCUUCAUUUUUUCAUUGAUGCAAAACUUGUGCAAGUCCAGGUGCCAAGCAAAAUCCUGUUUUAGGUGCCUAGAUCUGAGUUGUGCUGGUUAUCCUGCAAAACAGGUAGGACACAAUUUAUGUUUCAAUCUAUGUUCUAUGCUGCUUGGUUUUUCAUUUAUAUUGUAGAUUACGCACACACCAUGGUUCAGCCUUUCAUGCAAAACAAUGAUCUAAGUCAAUCUGCUCCCAUGAUCACCACAAAACAGCAGUUACUUGCAGCACUCCGUUGCUUGGAGUCAUUACAUGGGGUAUUACUAUUUUGGUUCCUUUCUGUUCUGGCUUUAAAGGUUGCUCUGGGGAAAAGUGUUGAUCAAUAACUCAGGACUUUGUUGUCCUUGUAAAGGUCAUAUUUUAAUUUGGAUAGGAACAUGUCUAACUGUUCGCCCAGCAGGGCCUUCUCUCCACUACCGAGUUUCAAAAAAGGAGGAUUCUCAGUGGCGGAUUGCUCAUAUAGUCCCUCCCCCAGUUUGGCAGCGAGUAUAUAAGAUCUUCCAGGGCAAAAGUGAUGCCUUAUAAGGGAUAAACCAAUUGCAAGGGCUCUGCAUGUACUCAUAGAACUGGAGUACAUCCAGGGCGUAUUUCCAACGUGACUCGUGGAUUAUUGCUAUAAGCAAUAUUGUCUCCGACGUUACAGCAUCUUUCCUGCGCAUAUGGUCGCUGUGUCUCCGACCACACAGCGCGUUGCCCUUGUGCAUGCCUGUUUUAGCAUGUUGACAGAUGAGGCAACUGCUGUGGUCACCUCCCCGCACGCCGGCACACCAGUGUCCGACAUGCUGACGGGAGACUCUGUGUCUGCCACUCGGCUGCCUGUGGCCUGCACAGGCUCGCAUGUACUGUAAGUUUCUGAGCAUUGUGGCCUGCUUGUGUUACAUAGUUUCGCAGGCUGCCUCUUUGACAACUGGCAACAAAGGGCCCAUUGAGCAGUGGCGGCGACGAGGGACUUUGAUGGGUGAUCUGCAUGCGUUUGUAGAGGGAAACUGGAGCUGGCUUAAAGGAAACAGGUGCAACUCAUUACAAAAUCCCCAGUCCUCCUUUCUGCUGGAUUUCCUCCUGUGUUUUCUCUCACUUCUUUAUCAACCUUGUUUGCUUUAUUGCAAAAUGAAAUUCCCUCUCCAGACGACACACGCGCACAUACACACACACACGCACAUGUUGCAAUAACAGUGUGAGAAGCUUCCCUCACUCAGUCCUCAGGUCAGAUAUCAAAGUGUGGAGGCCAACUCCAUGAAGGAAGUAACAGGAUGAAGUUUUUAAUUAGAAACUCACACCGCACGUGUAAUAGCUUUCAUCUUGUCACGUCACCAACAUGGCACGGUGCCUUUGAGAACUGAGAAUGCUAACGUUGUUUCUGUUUGUCCCCCAGUGAUAUGAAAAAUGUGCUGCAAAAGUACACAUUUAAAGGAUAUUAGAUGAUAACUGUGGCACUUUGAUUUAAGGUUCAAGUCCUGCCAGUGACAUCCUGUGGAUAUUUUUAAACGUAAUACAUUAUUAUAGACCUAAAAGCCUGACAGUGGGCAAAUCCAUCCAGAUAAAUCACAGAAUAAGCGUCCAAAUACAUAUUUAUUGCGAAGGGUUAAGGGCAUUUUAAAUGAUAAUCAGAUUUGUAUAUUAUCAUUUUAUUUUCGGGAGGGACUCUCAGGCUGAGCUCACUUUUGGCGAUGGGUACAGUUGAAAGGAUUUCUAAGCUUGAAGGUGAGAUAUAACACAAAUAGACCUACAAUUUCACCAUUUUAUACCAAUGUUUUGGUUGGUACUGAGCUGGUCCGCUUUCUGAAGGGCUCGCAUGAAGUUACCGUUUGCUUUUCUGCCCUCUUUAUCCAAAGGACCCUGGUGUAGUGGAAAUCCAAGUGCAGGUCUGUGUUUGUUUCCCACCAAAUUGCCCCUGAGCAAAAAGCACUGAGCCAAAAGACAAAUACUCUCACCGACGCCAUAUGCUUUGGGUCACGGCAAAAUGCACACUAUCGAGGAUGCAAGAAGGCUUCAGAACUUGCAGCCAUAGUAUUCCUAAAUACAUACAUACAAUAUCAAAGUCUAACUUCAGUGGUGCAUGCGCCCAAACAGAGUGAUUCUAACCCUCAACAAAUGGCAUUUGUAAAUGUCAUAAUGACCCCUCAGACACCACUACUACUGGCUAAUUUCUAAUCUCCCCUCUGGGAAUAAGAGUUUAGAGACACUAGUUUUAAUCUAAGAAUUUUUUAUUUUUGUGUUGAACAAUAUUAAUCUGGUUUUAGUUCCAGCCACGGCAUCAAAAUUGAGUAGAAGAAACUCUCUCUUUUAAUUUUAUUAAUUCUGAACGUAAGAUUUGAAACACUUUACUAUCACAUUC